UAUCAUUGUGAGAUCUGUGGUAAAUCAUUCUCUCGAAGCACUUACUUAACUUUACACAAACGUACACAUACAGGAGAGAAACCAUUUUACUGUGAUAUCUGUGGUAAAUCAUUCUCUCAAAGAAAUAUCUUGAUUAAUCACAAGCUUACACAUACUGGUGAGAAACCUUAUCACUGUGAUAUCUGUGGUAGAUCAUUCACUCGUAAUAGUCAUUUGGUUACUCACAGUCACAAUCAUACUGGUGACAAACCUUAUCAUUGUGAUAUCUGUGGUAAAUCAUUCUGUGAACGUAAAGUUUUAACUAACCAUAAGAAGAUUCAUACUGGUGAGAAACCUUAUCAUUGUGAGAUCUGUGGUAAAUCAUUCUCUCAAAGCACUCACUUGACUAAUCACAAGCCUACACAUGCAGGAGAGAAGCCAUAUCAUUGUGAUAUCUGUGGUAAAUCAUUCUCUCAAAGCACUCACUUGACUAAUCACAAGCCUAUACAUACUGGUGAGAAACCUUAUCAUUGUGAUAUCUGUGGUAAAUCAUUCAGUGAACGUAAAGUUUUAACUGACCAUAAGAGGAUCCAUACUGGUGAAAAACCAUAUAAGUGUGAUAUCUGUGGUAAAUCAUUCCCUCAAAAUAGUCAUUUGGUUACACACAAACGUACACAUACAGGAGAGAAACCAUAUCACUGUGAUAUCUGUGGUAAAUCAUUCUCUCAAAGAACUCACUUGACUAAUCACAAACGUAUCCAUACAGGAGAAAAACCUUAUACCUGUGAUAUCUGUGGUGAAUCGUUCUCUGUUGGCAGUAGCUUAACUCGACACAAACGUAUUCAUACAGGAGAGAAACCAUAUCACUGUGAUAUCUGUGGUAAAUCUUUCACUGAAAAGAGUAGCUUAACUAAACACAAACAUAUCCAUACAGGGGAGAAAACAUAUCACUGUAGUAUCUGUGAUAAAUCGUUCUGUAUUGACAGUCACUUAACUCGACACAUACGUACACAUACAGGAGAGAAACCUUAUCCCUGCGAUAUCUGUGGUGAAUCAUUCUCUGCUGGCAGUAGCUUAACUCGUCAUAAACGUAUUCAUACAGGAGGGAAACCUUUUCCCUGUGAUAUUUGUGGUAAAUCAUUCUCUGAUGACAGUAGCUUAACUCGACACAAACGUAUUCAUACAGGGGAGAAACCAUAUCACUGUGAUAUCUGUGGUAAAUCAUUCUCUAAUUACAGUCUCUUAAUUCGACACAUAAGUAUUCAUACAGGUGUGAAGCGUCUUCCCUGUGAUAUCUGUGGUAAGUCAUUUUCUGAUGACAGUAGCUUAACUAUACAUAAGCGUAUCCAUACAGGGGAGAAACCGUAUCACUGUGAUUUAUGUGGUAAAUCAUUCAGUGAAAAGGGUAUCUUGACUACACACAAACUUAUUCAUACUGGUGUAAAACCAUAUAGUUGUGAUAUCUGCAGUAAAUCAUUCUGAUAAAAACAUCAAUUAAUUAAACACAAGUGCAUUCUUUAUGCAAAGGAUCCAUUGCACAGUGACAUUUGUUGUAUAACAUUUCCUCAGAAGGACAAAGGACGUAUCUUAUAAAGACAUCCACAGAAUAUAGAAACUAUAUGAAUGUGACAUCUAUGGUAAAUCUUUGACAUGAAAUCAUCCAUUAUUGAAUCAAAAGAGCAUUGACAGAGGAAGGAAAACAUAUCACUGUGAUGUUAAACGUGAAUCAUUCUUUCAAAAUGGUGAAUUGUUUGUACACAGUCCUGUUAAUAUGAAAGAUAUAACUGUAAUCUAAGCUAUUUGUGCUAAAUCAAUCUAUGAAAAUGAUCAAUUAUUGAAAUGUAAAUGCAUUGAUACAGAAGAGGAACCACGAUGAUGAUGAUCCUCAUCAUUUAACAUUCUCCUAUUCAUGCUUCUGUGGAUCAGAUGGAAUUCAUUGAUGGAGAUUUUCUACAUCUGGGUACCUUUCUUGUGACCAAUCCUCACCUGUUUCCAAGCAAGGAAAUAUUUUCCCUGGUGAGACAUAUUUUACGCAGAGGACUGGAAGUGAACAACUGCACAAGUAUGACGGUCAUGAUGGCCCUUUACGAACAUCACAUAAUAUCUGGACAAGGGUACAUACACACACACUCACAUAAACUAUUGUAUGUCUGAAGAAUUUCUCAUGGGAAAUAUAUGUUACAUGUUUUCUACACAUCUAAUAGUUUAUAAUUCCUAUUAGGAAAU